AUGGUACUAGCGCCACUCCCCCGAGAACACCAAGGGCCGCGUGGUCACAGGUUCACCCGAUUCUUUGGCCCAGGUUGCGUCCUCUCCACGUCUCCUUGUCUCUCCUCCCCCACCCGGGAGCCCGUGCGGGAGGAACGGAGCACUAGACCCGGGCCACAGACCCAGGAACGCUCAAUGGAGGCCGAAAGGGCCUUCCGUCCUUCAACACUUAAAAACAAUGACUAUGGAAAAUAUUGGUCAUCACCUACAGAGGCUGAAUAUUUUGAAGAGGACACUUCUAAUGAUCAACUAGAAAUCCCAUCAGAAGCAGAUGCCACUAACAUCCACACAAUUUCUGAAGACUUAAACCACUCAGAUUCUCAUUUGUGUGAGGAAAGCAGUUCUAUAACUUCAGACUUACCUCAGGGCAAAAUACGCAAGAUACAAAGGGAAAAAGAACCCACCUUCACAAUUUACAAAGAUUAUGCCACACUAGACAACUUCAAAAAUGAUAACAGUCUUAAGGACCAUUUAGAGACUGUACUAAUAUCUCCAGACAACACCAAGUCUAUCAUUCAUGGAGGAUUUGAUUCCAUUUGCAAAUUCCACAAAACAGAAGACCUAAAUAAUGAAGGUAAACUGCUUCGGAAUGAUGGUGUCCAAUUGGCCUCUACAGGGCAACUAGCACCACAAAACCAAUUUUGUGAUUCUACCAAUAGCAGCAGUAUAAAACGGGGAAAAAAUCUAGAGCAAAAUGAUACAGUGACAAUUUUUAUCAAAAAAGAAGUGUAUACUGAGCAGACUUUGGUAAACGCCCCCAAAAAUCCACAUCUGACAAUCUAUGAUGAAUUUGAAGAACCUCUCCCAAUAUCAGAAGAGUCAUUAUUUGACAGCAUUAUUAAGGACACCUCCAUAAACCUCAAGAAGACCUCAAGCUUCUUAUUUGAGAAAAAUGUAUGCACAGAGGUUGCGGAAUCAUAUCUUAAAGAAGGAUUCGACCAGACUGCUAUUCAUACAGCCCAGGUGAUUUUUGUUAAUCCAAGGGAAUCCAAGAAUGCUGUGGAGGGCCCUGAGAAGUCAAACAUUUGCCCAAAGACAGUAAAGGAAGAGUCUGAAAAUCACCAUGAUAAUUUCCUAACUUAUUUCACUGAUACCAGUUCUUGGAGUGAGGCAUCUGUAGAGGAUUUCAACCCCCAAGAUGCAAAGCAGGGUUUUGAAAGUCUGACGCCCUUGGUGGAGGAGCAUAUAGAUUUAAAUGAUGUCAUAAAUACAUUAAAACAGGAUAACCAUAAGCAGCAAAAUAAAAUACUAGAACUGGAGUGUAGUAACUUGUAUUUAGAGAAUAAUGUCAAAGAGCUACAAAUGAAAAUUUCCAAACAAGAGAUUUUUGUUGAUAUAAUAAAUAAGCUGAAAGAAAAUGUUGAAGAGCUCAUUGAAGAUAAGUACAAGGUUAUCCUAGAAAAAAAUGAUAUUGAAAACUCCUUGAAGAAUUUGCAGAAGGCUUCAGCUGAAAUAAAAAAACAGCUUGAGGAAUCUAUUCUUGAAAAGAACACUUUAAUACUAGAGCUUAAAAGUAUGAAAACAGAUUAUGUUCUUCUUCAGGAACAACAUAAGAAUGAAUUAGAGCUAAAGAAUAAAUCUUUAAGUUAUUGUUUAGAAAUGGACAAAAUCUUAAAUAAGAAGGAGGAAGAAAUAGGGAAGUUACAAAAUCUCAGAGGAGAACUAGAGACUGUGACUUCAGCUCUGGAGAUACUCCAGACAGAAUUCCAGAGACAUGAAGAAGUCAAGAUACAGGAAAGGCAAGAGUUGAAAUCUAGUCUUGGCAAACUGGUUGCUCAAGUUAAAGUUUUGCAGUCAAAUUCUGAAAAUGAAAGAGCUAAGAAUGCUAAAUUACAGCAGUUGAUCAACAAGGUAAAAAAUGAGAAUGCAAAACUUCUGCAGCAAGUUGAAAGGAGUGAGGAACAAAACUAUAAUUGGAAACUUGAGACUGCUCAGUGGAAACAACAGCUGGAGGAAGUAAUGGAGUCAGAUACUACAAAGGAUAUGAAGAUAAUGCAUUCAAAUUUGUUCCUGGACUGCCAGCCUUUAGAAGAAGAGAGUUGGAAUUCACCAUAUAUGAAAAAAAUUUCUCAGUUUAUAUCGAAGAUGCACAAUUUAGUGACUCUAAUGGUGGGACUGUUCACCUAUGAGGAUACAGAUAAUCCAGAUACUGAACAUUUAUAUACCAAGAAAAAUGUUUAUGAUAAAAUGAAGUAUUUCAAUCUUAAGAAGAAAAGUUUGGAAAAAGAGCUUCUGAAACAUAAGGAAAGAAUCUCAGCCUUUAGGGAAUUAAUUGCUAAUGAAAAAGCUUCUCAAGAGGAAGUUUUUGAGGUAAUUAAUGAUUUAGAAGAACUUGAGAAUUAUUCAGAGGUGCCUGGCUUAUUAGGAACCAAACUAGAUCGAUACCAUAAUCUAAAUAAAGAGCUUAAUUCCCUGAUUGGCAAAUUGGGAAACCUCCUUGAGUCCAAAGAAGACCAGUGCAAAAAACUCAUGGAAGAAAAUGAUGAGUAUCAAAAAUAUUUAGGAAGCCUAAUAAAUAAGGUAACAUCAUAUGAGGAGAUCAUAGAGUGUGCUGACCAAAGGCUUGAGAUAUCUCACUCUCAGAUUGCACAUUUGGAAAAGAGGAAUAGACAAUUAGAAGAUAUAAUUAAGAAGCCUAAACCACAAAUCUCAAGUUUAAGAACAAAAGGCUUAGAAAAACAGCCAAAGUCCAUGACUAUGGUACCUCAUAUCUUGGAAGCAAAUAGAAAAGAUUUAAAUUCAACAAAACUGAAGCCUAAACAUUGCCAGUCCUACAGCCAUCCCAGAAACAGAGUGGUUCCACAGUGAAGUGCUCAAAUAAUAUAUGUAAAAUGAUGUAUUAAAGUUAAUGUGAG